UUGCAAAUAAAUUCAAAAAAUUUAUAAAUUUUAACCGAUUUUUCGUGAUAACUAAAUAUCAAAAACCGGAGUGGAUUGGACAUAUAGUUUUGUCUAAAAGCACAUUUAAAAUUUCCAUUACCAGAAACAAUUAUCAAAUACAUGUUUUACCAACUCCUUGAAACUUUUUCUCCCAUUUGCAACCGUUUUGCAUAUUUUAAAAGUAAAAUUCACUAGCAUACAUGCGACUACUCAUUACACAAUUAUCAUACGUGAUCGCUCAAGUUUUAAUUCGAUUAAAAUUAUCAAUUAAUCAUAAAACAAUUACAAAAAAUACAGUACACAUGCGCCCACUUUAUAUAAAAAGCUGCACCCUCAAACUGACCUCAAAUCGUCCAAAAUGGUCACCAACAUCAAAUAUUUCAAUUAUUUCUAUGGCCACACCCAAUCCUCAAAAUUUCCAAAGUCCUCAAAAUCCCUCAAAGCUCGAAUUUUCAACUACGUUUUAUUUCCAAUUUCUUGCUUAAUUCUCGCCCUCAUGUUGUACAAUUUCAGGUUUAUGCACGACAACAUUUUCGAAAUUGCCCAGAAUUCCCAGUCGAUCACUUCCUUUGGACAGGUAUUAACUUUUUAAUUAUUUUUUUUCUUAAUUAUUUUUUAGAUUGUUACUCGUCAUUUGGUCUAUGCCCAACACUCUUUUUUAUUGGAACACCUGCUCAAAACAGCGUCCUGUUAUUGGAAAUAUGACCCAAAAAGCCCCAUUUUGAGGCACAAAAUCUCGACUCGAGUCUUUUUGAUCAAAAGCCUCAAAACUAUGGCGUUUUUUGUGGUCACUUUUAUCAUAAUUUUGCCGUUUUUUCGCCAAGAUAUCGAUUUGCCGCAAGCUUGUUGGGUCCCCGGAUCCGGGGAAACAACCCGGAUUUUGAUUUAUCUCCUCGAAUCGGUUUGUUUGCUCGAAGCUGUGGUUUUGCUCGAUUUGGUCGAUUCGGUCUUCUUCCUCAUGGGAGUGGAACUCGAAGUACAAUUCAUCCUGUUGCGAAAUGCCAUCAAGAGGGUUCGAAUCGGGGAAAACAGUGGCCAAAAACACGAAAACUUCUGCUUGGGCCAGCUAAGAACGUACGCGAUCUAUCACCAGUUUCUUCUCGACCAACACUCUGUAUUGAAGAAAGUCUUCUCGUUCUUCUUUUUUCUUCAGUAUUUCGUGUUUGUGCAAGGAGUUUGCGUCGAAAUUUUUGUCAUGAAGCAAGCUACUACGAUGGAGCAACUUUUUUUCUCAGCUAGUUAUAUAGCAGCGAACGCUAUGGCUCUCUCAUUUGCGUUUCUUUCAGCCAGUGAUCUCGAAAUUGAGGCCGAGGCUUUGCCCGAAGCGAUUUAUUCAAUCGAUUGGUAUAAUGGUGGUGCAAAAAUAGGAAAACAUGUUUUGUUUAUGUUAAUGAGGGCUCAAAAACCUCUAAGGUUAACAGGGGCCGGAAUGUUUGGGGUUACCAGAAACGCGUUAUUACAGGGGUAUCGACUUGCGUUUUCAAUUUCGACAAUUUUAAAGCAAGUCUAAUUGGAUUAAGUAGAAAAAUAAUUAAUUAAGCAC